AUGGUUACCCACAUACCACCCAACAUGUCAGGCAUCUUCAGCAAGCUCAUGGCCCACUUCUCCCCAACACCAGAGAAGCCAACAUUCCGCAUCACCGCACUCGUCGCGCCCGCAACCUCGCAACAAUACUUCUCCGACUCCAGCUUCUCACACGCCGAUCUGAUUGGCAUCAACGAAACCAUCACGUUCGAUGUCGACUGCGAUGCGAUCCCCAAAAGCAUUCGCUGCAGCUGUCUAGCCUCUGGACGCGAAUGUAAAGCAGAGUAUCUGAAGGAGCACUACGUUAUUGAGUGGACAGCGGGCAGUAUCUUGGAGAAUGAAGAGGUGGAGAUUGGAGGAGAAACUUCUUUGUUCAUCAAUCACACAUAUGGACACAGCCACUUCUGCCUUAUCGUUCUUCGUAUCUGGCCUGCUGAUACUGCGCCGCCCCUUCUCGCGCAAUUCUUCCAGAAUCUUUUGAAAGCUCGCAUACUCUUGUAG